AAAGUGAUUUUUGAUACCAUUUAAAUCUUUUAACAAGACUGAUGAAAUUAAUCAACUGAUUCGUAAUGAUAAGCUAGGGAAAGACAAGAAAAUCACACAACCAGCUUGUUCACACGCACAAUAGUAAGUGUUGGUGAUGAAAAUGAAAAGUGAUGUAUAACGAGUGACGAAUACCAUAAUACUAUGAAUAAUUGUUUCACUAGGAAGAUCAACAGUGCAGUAUUCAACCAAAUGGACCUAUAAUGCUAACAAGCUUGUGAAUGGACGACACAAAGUUAAACAAAUAUAAUGCAGCCCCAAUUAGUUACAACUCCACGAAAACUACCAGUGUUUGUAUUUCCUCAAAAUAUCACUUUUUUUUUAGACGAUCAGUCUACUCACAAACAAGUCUUAACUUUGUAUAACCCAUAUGAUUUUCCAAUAAGAUUUAAAGUAUUAUGUACUGCACCAAAUAAAUAUAAAGUUGUUGAGCCUGAAGGAACAAUAAAAGCAAGAUAUUGUAUUGAUAUUGUUGUCAGACAUACAGCUCUUGUGUUUAGUAAUUGUAAUGUUGUUGACAAAUUUAGAAUACAAAUGCAAGAACAUCCAACUAAACAGGCCAUAGGACAAAGAGAUGUUGAAGCUAAAUUACUUCCUGGCACAACAGAAGCAGCUGGAAGAUCUACACCAGAUCCUGAAAUGUUUCAACAGCUUCCCAUAAAUGAAACCAGACAGCAACAAUCAUAUGCUCUUAUAGCUCAAAAUAGAGCCAUUAAUAAAUACACACUGAAACCACCAAGAUCAAAACAUGAUUUAUUUCGUGGAAAUAUUCAAAAUAAGAACACAGAAAUUUACUUAUCUUCAGAUAUGAAUUAUGUUAUGGAUAAAGGAGGGACAAAUUAUAUAGCACUGAUUGCUGGAAUCAUUUGCAUAGUUGGAUUGCUCUUACCUACAGAAGGAGAGCAGAAUAAUAGAGUGCCUGAUUAUCUUCAUCUCUCCAUAAACUUUAAGUUAAUAUUUUCAUUUGUAUUGGGUAUGGUUACAAUUAUUACUUUAAGGUUGUAAUUUCUGUCUUUAUAUAUACAAAAAAAGUUUUAUAUAAUGAUUAGAAUCAUGAAAUAAAAGCACAAUUAAUGUUAGGUUUUCUUGGCAUUGGGCCUCAUUUCUUUUUACUGAAUAUACUUGAUUCUAGUCUAAACACAACAAAUCAUGACGAUAUACUGUCGCUAACGCAAAUAUUUAUUGACAUAUAUAAAAUCUUUUAUUCUUUUAAUGUACGUGAUGGUAAAUAUCCUUGUCCAAGUUUGUGCUUCAUUGCCUCAAGCGUAUAAAAGAAAUUUGUAUAUAUAUUAAAACUUUAACAAAAUCACAGUCUUUUAUAUA